CCGCCCUCCAUGGCAUGAGUUUGACACCCCUGGAUUAAAGGCUUGCACAACACUGACUUUCUCCCACCUCUAUAUAUAUUUAUAUAUAGGCAGGCUGUACAUUCAGCUAUACACACAUACAGUAAUACCUGAUCGACGCAGACUUGAUGAAGCUCCAUAGAAGCGGUCGGCCUGAACAACAGCAGGAAUCUUCAAGGCAAAAGGUCGUUUCAUUUAAAUUUCUUAAACCAAAUUAAUAAUUAGUCACUUUUGUUUUACCUUGUAUUAAAAGCAACCACCCAGCGUCUGCUCCUUGUAGCAAUUCAAGCAACAUGAUACUAGCUACUCAAACCAGCAGUUAGCAUACAUGUAUUAUUUAGUUGAAAAAUACUUAAUAUAAAAAAGUGGCACAUCCUUGAAUACUUAUCUUUGCGAGGACGGUCGCUAUUUAACACGAAUAAAUGUCAUUUCUUGCCCAAAAGUGACAUAUCCAGCUUCGCGGCGAGAUGAAGCUAAAGGAGUCAACGACAUCACGCAGAGCUCAUAAGACAUGGGUAAUGUAGUCCAACCCUGUGAGUUCCUGUUUACUCACGCGGCAAUACAACUGCAAUACCCAUAAACCUUUGUGUCCCCCAAGCGGCUUCUGCCGCGCGCCGACUAGUUGAAGGAGUGUGUCGAAUCCGUUGCGUUGUCUCUUUACUACGAAAUAUUAAAACGGAAAAAAUCGGCUAUUUACUUUGCGUCACCACUCUCCAUCACUCUUAUUUGAGUGUUAAAUUAAUGUUCAACGGGUGGCAUGGCAUUUGUAUUCAUUUUUUAACGAGACAGCAUGAGUGACAGUAAAACUACGUAUCGUUCAGUGUGGCGACACUUUUAAAGGCGGUUCGCAGGAUUACGAAGGGGACGUGCAGCAACUUUUCACUUUCACUGUUUUUUGUGAGAAGUUUAUUUUUUAUUUUCAUCCGUUAUUGCCCUGGUGCAUCCACGCCGGGGAAGAGGAGAAGGCACACACCGCGACGGCCGCUGCUGAGCUCCGGCUAGCUAGCUGGUUCUUGGAUCUAAUAAUCAAAAUAAGGCCUGCUCGUCGGAGGAGAGAAGGGGGACAAUGCUCGACAUAAUGUCUGACCACCAAGAUUCACUUCUGACGUGCAAAACUGAACCUUUGCCCCCAGAGAGGAAGCGAAGGACUGUGGAGGAUUUCAACAAAUUCUGCAGCUUCGUCCUAGCCUAUGCUGGUUACAUCCCCAGUCCCAAAGAGGAAAGCUCAUGGUCACCGACAUCGUCAAGCUCCGCCCACAGCUCGGGGUUGUCUGUGGACGGCGGUGGGGGCGGCAGCAGCUCCAUGAGCGCAGCGUGGGCGGACGGCGGCUCCUCGGACCUGCACACCAUCCACACGUUUGUACGCAAGGCCCGUGCCAACAAGGGCAAAAGCCGCGUGCCCUCCGACAGCACCUUGUUGGACAAGAUGCGCCUCAAAGACACGCUAUAUGACGGUACCAGUCCGGGCAAAGCCGAGCGCAGGAAGGACAAAAAGCCCAAGAAGCUGUUCGGCUCGCCGUCCUCAGCGGCGGCGGCGGCAGCGGGAGACAGUGGCAGCAGCGAAGGCGAGAAGCGGCCGCGCAUCAAGCGCUGCAAAAACAGCAAGCAGCCCAAAGCCAAGCGGUUCAAGAGCACCACCACGAAUGAGCAUAGUGACGCAGAGGAGCAGGGGGAGGACGGGGCAGGCGGACACGGGGACCCCAGCCUGCAUGGCGCCGCCGGGAAGGUGCACUCCGACGAGACCAUGAGGGAUGCUGAGAUGAGCUCCAGCGAGGGUGAAACGUGGAUCGCCGACGAAGACAUCAUGGUGGAGUCUGGGGACGACUCGUGGGACCUGAUCACAUGCUACUGCGGGAAGCCGUUCGCCGGGCGACCGAUGAUCGAGUGCAACCAGUGCGGGAUCUGGGUGCACUUGUCCUGCGCCAAAAUCAAGAAGUCCAACGUGCCCGACAUCUUUUACUGCCACAAGUGCAGGGACUUGAGACGGUCGGGACACAAAAAAGACACUUAAGAAACAAACUAGAGGGGACAGGCGGGGUCCCUUUUUGCUUUUGUUGCCUAAAACAGCCAAAAACAGCCUAACCUGUCACUGUAUUUGUCCUUCUUUUCAGACAAUCAACCGUUCUUUUAGUUGGAUGGAAUGUUUUUGCGUUUUUGACAUAGUUCGUCUUAAGGGUAGGCACUGUUAGCUUCCCAAAAAUAGAAGCGGAAGACGUCCCGUAUUUUGUCAUUUUGUCUAAAAAGGCAGCUCUUUUCCCCUCCUUUUUCAUGUUUUAAUUUCAGUGGCAGUCACUGAUUCUUCAAAUUUUAAGCAAAGUUAGGGGACCCGGAUCCCAAGGGUGGGGGGUCUUCUUCAGAGGAUGGGCUGUUUUUUGUUGUUGUGCAUCACUUUCAAAUUCAAGCAGCGCACUUUUUCCUUUUUCUGUCCAUGACUGAGCGCUUAUACUCCCGUACCAGCUUGUACGUCACAAUCAAACCUUUGCUUUGGGUCUACCUUCACCAGGCUGUUUUUCCCUUUCCGUUAGCGCUCUUAAACGGCUAGUCGUCUCCCGCUUUAAGACGGUUGUAAAAGUGUACAGAGAAUAAUUGGACGCCAUGGACAUUUUUGGGAAUUUUGUCUAUUUUUGGUUUUAUUAUUAUUUUUGUUUGUGAUUGAGAUUGGUGAGUAGCGUUUAAUAUUUUUUUUUUGCGCACUCUCUUUCUCUCUCUGUUGUGUUGUACAAAUCGCAUUUUUUGACAAAUGUACAUAUGUGAAAGUACCAGAGAGAAAAAACUAGCCAUGCAAAAAAAAAGUCUAUUUUCUGCAGUUCUGCAUUUUCCUUUUCUUUAAUCGUAGUUUGGAAAAUAAAAAGUCUUCUUUGGGAAAA